AUGGUGGGCGACUUUCAAGUCAGUGCAACAUGCCAGGGAGCAUCCGGUCCAUUUCCGAAUCCGAACAGCUGCAGAAGCUUCCUGCAGUGCGAGUCGUCUGGCGUCGCAACUGUCAUCCCUUGCCCGGCAAACCUCGAGUUCAAUCCAAAGCUGAGGUUGUGCGACUUCCCAGAGAGAGCUGGUUGCUCCUCAUCAGUGUCUCCACCAGCUAACGACGACAGUGAAAAUGGUGGGGGAUCAGAUGAUAACGGAGGCGCUUCACCAGCUCCACCAUCUGGUGACGCCCCCACAUGUCCACCGUGGAAUCCUAAUGACGUCACCCAGCUGCCCAAUCCGAAUGACUGCAGCAGCUUCUACAAGUCUGGAGAUGCUCCAACUUGUCCAGCAUGGAAUCCAAAUGAUGUCACCCAGCUGCCCAAUCCCAAUGACUGCAGCAGCUUCUACAAAUGCGACGAGAAUGGUGUUGCUUGGCUCAUACCAUGCCCAGCUGGACUCGAGUACAAUGCAAAGUUAAGAGUGUGUGAUUACCCGGAGAGCGCUGGUUGCUCAUCGUCAGCUUCUCCAAGUAACCCAUCUGGUGAUGAUUCCUCUGAUGACAAUCAGAACAAUGGUAACGCUGACACUGGUAACGCUGAGGACGCAAGCCCUCAGCAACCAGCUGCAGAUGCUCCCACAUGUCCAGCUUGGAAUCCAGAUGACGUCACCCAGUUGCCUAACCCCAGUGACUGUAACAGCUUCUACAAGUGCGACGAGAACGGAGUUGCCUGGUUGAUCCCGUGUACAGCGGGCCUGCAGUACAACGCUGAGCUGAGGAUGAGUGCAACUUGCAAGGGAGCUUCUGGGCCAUUUCCGAACCCGGACAGCUGCAGAAGCUUCCUACAGUGCGAGCCAUCAGGCGUUGCAACGGUCAUCCCAUGCCCAGCAAACCUCGAGUUCAAUCCAAAUCUGAAGGUGUGCGACUUCCCAGAGAGAGCUGGUUGCUUCUCAUCACCGUCUCCACCAGCUGACGACGACAAUGGAAAUGGUGGAGGAUCAGAUGAUAACGGAGGCGCUUCACCAGAUCCACCAUCUGGCGACGCCCCCACCUGUCCCCCAUGGAAUCCUAAUGACGUAACCCAACUGCCCAAUCCGAAUGACUGCAGCAGCUUCUACAAGUGUGACGAGAACGGCGUUGCCUGGGUCAUUGAAUGCCCAGCCGGUCUCGAAUACAAUGCAGAUCUGAGAGUGUGUGACUACCCAGAAAAUGCUGGUUGCUCAUCAUCUGCACCAAGCAACCCAUCUGAUGAUACACCUUCUGAGGGGGGUGAAGAUAACGGAAAUUCUAAUGGGGGUAAUGAUGUGAGUCCAAAUCCACCAGCUGGAGAUGCUCCUACUUGUCCAGCUUGGAAUCCAAAUGACGUCACACAGUUGCCAAAUCCCAGUGACUGCAGCAGCUUCUACAAAUGCGACGAGAAUGGUGUGGCUUGGCUCAUACCAUGCCCAGCUGGACUCGAGUACAAUGCGAACCUGAGGGUAUGCGACUACCCAGAGAGUGCUGGUUGCUCAUCGUCUGCUGAUCCAAGUAACCCAUCUGGCGACGAUUCCUCUAAUGGCGGUCAAGACAACGGAAAUACUGGCUCUGGUAACGGCGAAAGCCCACAGGAUCCUGCUGCAGAUGCUCCAGCAUGCCCACCUUGGAAUCCGGAUGACGUCACUCAGUUGCCUAACCCUAGCGACUGUAACAGCUUCUACAAGUGCGACGAGAACGGAGUUGCCUGGUUGAUCCCGUGCCCAGCAGGACUGCAGUACAACGCCGAGCUGAGGAUGAGUGCAACUUGCAAUGGAGCUUCUGGACCAUUUCCGAACCCAGACAGCUGCAGAAGCUUCCUACAAUGUGAACCAUCAGGCGUUGCAACCGUCAUCCCAUGCCCAGCAAACCUUGAGUUCAAUCCAAAUCUGAAGGUGUGUGACUUCCCAGAGAGAGCUGGUUGCUCCUCAUCACCGUCUCCACCAGCUGACGACGACAAUGGAAAUGGUGGAGGAUCAGAUGAUAACGGAGGCGCUUCACCAGAUCCACCAUUUGGCGACGCCCCCAGCUGUCCCCCAUGGAAUCCUAAUGACGUCACCCAGCUGCCCAAUCCGAAUGACUGCAGCAGCUUCUACAAGUGUGACGAGAACGGCGUUGCCUGGGUCAUUGAAUGCCCAGCCGGUCUCGAAUACAAUGCAGAUCUGAGAGUGUGUGACUACCCAGAAAAUGCUGGUUGCUCAUCAUCUGCACCAAGCAACCCAUCUGAUGAUACACCUUCUGAGGGGGGUGGAGAUAACGGAAAUUCUAAUGGGGGUAAUGAUGUGAGCCCAAAUCCACCAGCUGGAGAUGCUCCUACUUGUCCAGCUUGGAAUCCAAAUGACGUCACACAGUUGCCCAAUCCCAGUGACUGCAGCAGCUUCUACAAAUGCGACGAGAAUGGUGUGGCUUGGCUCAUACCAUGCCCAGCUGGACUCGAGUACAAUGCGAACCUGAGGGUAUGUGACUACCCAGAGAGUGCUGGUUGCUCAUCGUCUGCUGAUCCAAGUAACCCAUCUGGCGACGAUUCCUCUAAUGGCGGUCAAGACAACGGAAAUACUGGCUCUGGUAAUGUCGAAAGCCCACAGGAUCCUGCUGCAGAUGCUCCCACAUGCCCACCUUGGAAUCCGGAUGACGUCACCCAAUUGCCUAACCCCAGCGACUGUAACAGCUUCUACAAGUGCGACGAGAACGGAGUUGCCUGGUUGAUCCCGUGCCCAGCAGGACUGCAGUACAACACCGAGCUGAGGGUGUGCGAUUACCCUGCAAACGCCGGAUGUUCCGUCUAA